UCUCCUCUUCUUUACCUUUUAUAAAUAAGAAGAGAUCAAAGCUUUUGUUCAGACAUCACUUGCAAACUCUUUCUUUCUUUUUAUCUCAUUUGUGUCUUGUCUUGGAAAAACAUGGCUACUUUUGAGGAAAGCUCUGAUUUGGAUGCUAUACAGAAGCAUCUUUUUGAAGACUUUAUGGGAGAUUUUGACUUUGAUGCUUCUUGUGUCUCAGGACUCUGGUAUAUAGAGCCUGCGAUGAAUCAAGUUCCUAAACAAGAACCUGAUUCCUCAUCAGCACAUGAGACUGAUCAGAGUGUCUCAACUAGGAAAAAAGCCAAGAGGCUUGAAGAGGAAGAAGAAGAACAGAGGCGUUACCGAGGAGUGAGACGAAGGCCGUGGGGGAAAUUUGCAGCAGAGAUUCGUGAUCCAGCUAAGAAAGGAUCUCGGGUAUGGCUAGGAACCUUUGAGAGUGAUGUCGAUGCUGCAAGAGCCUAUGACUGUGCAGCUUUCAAGCUCCGGGGAAGAAAAGCUGUGCUCAACUUUCCCCUGGACGCUGGCAAAUAUGAAGCUCCGGUGAACUCAGGACGGAAAAGGAAGAGAAGUGAUGUGAAGGAGGAGCUCCAAAGAAGUCAGGGAAACUCUUCGUCUUCUUCAAAUGAUGGAGAAACGACUUGUGAGUGAUACACUUAACGUUAAAGAGGGUGGAGUGUAUGUUAGUAUGGAAUUUUAAUGGGAUAGCAUUUACAAGUGAGUGUAUCUAAUGUUAACGCAAGAGGAUAAGGGGGAGUGAAUAGCGAAUCUUGCAGCAAAUGUUUUGUCUCAUAGCUUAGGCAGAUAUUAACACUCGAUGAUAAAGUAUAACGGACCGCAAGCUACAUGGUCCAGACUCUUGAAAGAGAGAGAGAGAUGCACAACUUCCAUAUGGAUAUUAAACAGAGAAGAGAUUUUUAUGUAAAUAUGUAUAUGAGUUGUCGAUGCUAGGAGCAAUGGCCCAUCGUAUGAGAGACACCACUGCAUGAGAAAACUUGUCAUAAAGUUACAAAAUCAUGGCAUAAACCAGAAUCCAUUGGUUCAUGAUAAGAGCAAACACUUUUCUCUAAUCAAUCAUUCUUACUUUCUUAGUUCCAAUGAAAUUUUUGAUUAAAAAAAAAGAAUCAUAUUUAUCUCACCUUCAACAAUGUUUGAAGGAUCAACAAACUAUAAAAUUUAUAUUACCACAUUGUGUUGUAUAAUUAAAUCUAACAUAUGUUUGUAUUUAUCAUUAGAGUUCUGAUUGUUUUAUGGUUUUCAGUUUUGUUUUAUUUAUUUUUUUUGUAAAAUACUAACGGUGAUUUUAGAUUUUGCGUAUAAGUUUUUAGUUUUUGUUUUUAAAAUUAAUAAAUUAGAAACCAAAAUUAUUUUAAGUAAAAACAGAAAACACGAAAUAAAAUUAUAUAUAAAUGCAUAAAUUUGAUUUCAAGUUCUUUUAUUUUUUUUUGUGAGCAACUCUCAAGUUCUUUUCAU